AGCAACAGCUGCUACUAAUUUUCUGCACGGAGAUGCGCUGCUGGAGGGGAGGCUGGUGUAUUUCUCGUUUUUGAGAUGUAGUGAUUGGGACAUGCUUCACCUACUCGAGUUUUGUCUGCCAUGACAUUAUAAAAGGAGACUUGCCAGAAGCAGGAGGGAGAGGAUGGACUGAGAAAACGGAGGCCCUGUUACAGACUGUCAUUGGUCCCAGUCAGCAUGGCCUAUUCCCAGUACUGCCUGGAGACCCUGGGGAUUGAACCUGGAACCUAGUGCAUGUAAACUGCUGUGGGUCUGACUGAGGAGCAAAAAGAAUUCCAAAAAGUGGCCUUUGACUUUGCUGCCAAAGAGAUGGCCCCGCAUAUGGUGGAGUGGGAUGAAAAGGAAAUAUUCCCCAUGGAGACUCUGCGGAAAGCAGCCCAGCUGGGGUUUGGUGGGAUCUACGUCAGGCCAGAUGUGGGGGGCUCCGGAUUGUCCCGGCUUGACACCUCCAUCAUCUUUGAGGCUCUGUCGACGGGCUGUGUCAGUACGACUGCUUAUAUCAGCAUCCACAACAUGUGUGCUUGGAUGAUUGAUACCUUUGGAAAGGAGGAACAGAGGCGCAAGUUCUGCCCCUCACUUUGCAGCAUGGAAAAACUUGCCUCCUACUGCCUAACUGAGCCAGGAAGUGGAAGUGACGCUGCUUCUCUGCUAACUUCGGCCAAGAGGAAAGGUGACGAUUACAUUCUGAACGGUUCCAAGGCCUUCAUCAGUGGCGGUGGCGAUACAGAUCUGUACGUGGUGAUGUGCCGGACAGGAGGGCCGGGCCCCAAGGGCGUCUCCUGCCUGGUGCUGGAGAAAGACACUCCCGGGUUGAGUUUUGGCAAAAAGGAGAGGAAGGUAGGCUGGAACUCCCAGCCGACUCGCGCCGUGAUGUUUGAGGACUGCGUUGUUCCGGCCACCAACCGGCUGGGGGAGGAAGGGCAGGGCUUCAACAUUGCCAUGAAGGGCCUGAACGGAGGGAGGAUUAACAUUGCCUCUUGUUCUCUGGGUGCUGCCCACGCCUCGGUCCUUUUGGCUCGGGAUCACCUUAACGUCCGCAAGCAGUUUGGGGAGCUCCUAGCUAGCAGUCAGUACCUCCAGUUCCAGCUGGCUGAGAUGGCGACGCGCCUGGUGGCUGCGCGGCUCAUGGUGCGGAACGCAGCCCGGGCACUCCAGAAGCAGCGUGAGGACGCCGUGGCUCUGUGCUCCAUGGCCAAGCUCUUUGCCACAGAUGAGUGCUUUGCGAUCUGCAACCAAGCCCUGCAAAUGCAUGGUGGCUAUGGGUACCUGAAGGAUUACGCCGUGCAACAGUUUGUGCGAGAUAUCCGAGUGCACCAGAUUUUGGAAGGUACUAACGAAGUCAUGAGGAUGAUCGUGGCCAGGAAUUUGUUACAGGCAUAGCGUCAGGAGCUGGUCUUCAGACUCUGUGCCUUCCACACUGCUUUGGUGGCCAUGAAUUGGAAAUGAAGGCCGGAGAUGUGCUUUGGGGAGGGGAAGGGGCACAGGGAAAAUAGCUUCCUUUUCCCACUGCCCGCCUAUCUGAGCCCCAUGGGCAUGGCUUGAAACACACUGUGUGGCAGUCAGUGCUUGCUAGAAUUGCCACAAGGAGGCAGGGAUGGGCAAUGUUAAAUAGAGCCUUUGUCCUUAUAAAUGCCAGCGGUAGUCCAUUUUGCUGCACUUCCAAAAGAAAUGCAGCCCUGGUUGGAAUUGACCAGUCUGUAUCAUUGAUGCAUCAUCAUAAGUGAACUCCCAGAGGUGGCUAUACUCUGUUGAUGGGCUUUGAUACCAGAGCCACAGAGGGGGAGAGAGAAAAUCCAUUCUGGAUUUUGCACAGGUUGGAGGAAAGGAAUAAUCCUCUUGUUAAGUCUACAUGUCUUGGAGAUUACACUUUUCCCCAGAGAGGGCAUAUGAAAACCACAAAGGCCUUUUAAGCUCUGCCUUUUCCUUCAAGAAAUAUAUCUUUUUUUUUUUUAGGUCAAGUUGACAGGGAAGGGGGAGAGAUUUCUUCUCUUUGCUCUUACUAAACCAGGGGUGGCUAGCCUGUCGCCUUCCAGAUGUUCCUGGCAUCUCCCAUCAGCCCCAGCCAGCAUGGCCCAUGGUCAGGGUUGAUGGGAGAUUGUAGUUAAGCAACAGCUGGAGGGCCACAGGUUAGGUUACCCCUACAGUAAAUUGAGGGUCUGGGAUCUGUGGCCAUCCGGAUGUUGUUGGACUACAGCUCCCGUCAUUCCUGACAUCACCUGUGCUGGCUGGGGCUGAUUAGCAAUGGCACCAGAAAAAAAAAAAUCUCAGGUGGCACAGAAGGGUCACAGUGUAUUUCUAGGUGGGUGAAAUAUUCUGGGGGGGGGAUGAGCUCCUUGCCACUCACUCACUCCUCCCCUUUUGGGUGCUGCCCCGAUGAUGGGAGUUGGAAUUCAAGAACAUCUUGAGGACUAUAGGUUCCCCACCUGUUCCGACCCACCUCCGAUGAAGUUCUCGGUCUGUCUCCCAUCAUCGUUCAGACGAUGCUAAUCACCCUUACCCUCAGAUCAGUUUGGUUGCAGCAGUAAAGCCUGCUGAUGCACAACAGAAUCACACAACCUGGUAAUUUUCAGCAACCCAGUAGCACAAAGGAUCAGAGUCCUGAUCCAGGUCAUUUUCUUUUUCUUUACUUCUCUGCACUGGAAUCAAUAAAUUGUGAUUUCUUACUGUU